AUGGCAACCAAAUUGGCCUUUCUUGAUGCUCUGCGAGCGCAAACUCAGGCGUUGUCCUCAGCGCAGCUGAUAUUCGCAACCCUUGCCCUUGUAACGACGACCUAUUUAGUUGGAUAUGUCGUGUAUCAACGAUACUUUCACCCCUUGGCAAAAUUCCCAGGGCCCUUCUGCGCCAGUAUUACCAACUUCUGGAAAGUCUAUGAACUGUCAACGCUAGCUCUACCCACGCGCAUGUGUGCCGUGCACGAGAAGUAUGGCCCAGUCGUUCGCAUUGGGCCAGAUGAUCUCUCUUUCAAUAUCCCGCAGGCCAUUGCGCCGAUCUACAAAGUCGGCCGGAAGAUGCCCAAGGGGAUCUUCUACAAGGGCUAUGUCUCUACAGUCCCAGAUAUUUUUUCUACCCGGGAUGAAAAUGUGAGCUGCGAAACCCCAACCCCUGGGUGGUAUGUCCAUAGAACCUUAUUAACUAACGAGUUCAAUUGCCAGCUUCAUGCCCUACGCCUGAAGCAGAUCGGUCCCGGUCUCUCGGUCAGUGCCCUUAAGCACAUGGAGCCCGUGUUUGACAACCACAUCGACAAGCUCCUGCAGAAAUUGGAUGGGUACGUUGAGUCUGGUGCUGUCCUAGAUCUCAAGUCAGCUCUUGGCCUGUACGGGUAUGACGUGACUGCCCAGCUGGCGUUCGACACCGACUUCAAGGCUCAGACCACAGGCGAAUUGCCCCCUUUGAACAACCACUUUCUUCUGGGUAAUAUUUAUGGUCUUCUUGCAAACUUGCUUCCUCAUAUCGCCACCUGGUCGGCAUACCUACCACAAGUGAAAGCUCUCAUACAAAGCCGCAAUGACCUGAAAAAAAUCGCUGCCGAUUCCAUUCGCCAGAGUUUGGAGACUCACAACAAUGAAACCGAGCCUGGUACCCUUCUCGCAGCAUUGAUAAAUGCAAAGGAUCCGGAUUCUGGUAAAGGGCUGACCGAAAAUGAAAUCAACUCCGAGGCCUUUGUUUUCCUUGUCGCGGGUUCCCACACCACAUCCAGUGCUAUGGUUGCUCUGCUAUUCUAUAUUCACCAAAAUCCGAAAGUACUUGCAAGGGUCCGCGCCGAGUUAGAUUCCGCUAUUCCCGGACAGCAACGGACGCCAUAUGAAUUCACUGGUCUGGAAACCAACCUUCCAUACAUACUAGCUUGUAUCCGUGAGAGUUUCCGCAUGUCGCCGACUGCCGCGCUAUUGUUGCCACAUGAGGUGAUCAAUCCGGCCGGAACAAUGAUUGGAGAUUAUCACGUUCCCCUUGGGGCAAAUUGCUCUAUUCUCAGUACCUGUCUUCAUCACAAUCCCGAUGUCUGGGGUUCUGAUCACAAUCAAUUUGACCCUGACCGCUUCCUGCCUGGGUCUGCUCGUUACAGUUCUUCAAAUCCGAACAUGCUGUUCCACUUUGGACAAGGCAAUCGGCAAUGUGCUGGUCGUAACAUUGCAUUAAUGUCCAUCUGGAAGGUUGUGGUAACCGUCAUGAAGAACUACGAUAUCGAACUCGUCAAUCCCAAUGAGGAAUUUGUAAUGCUGGAAUAUGGUGUAGGAGACAAAAAAGGCCCUAUGAACGUUCGUGUCAAACGCCGUAUUGUUUCGUGA